AUGCUUUCGUGCCAUCUGCUACGGUGGCACAAAGUCGUUGGUGUGGCAUUGGUUGACGGUGAACCGAGGACUGGUUCGUGUGACCCCGCGUUAUUCGCUCUCCUCUCCCGGCAGGCCUCCUUCGGUUGCCGGGGCGAUGGGCCGCUGCAGGCAGUAGUCGCGAGACCUUUCUCCUUCGAAAUGCAAAGUCUGUCGCCAGCUGGAGGAGUUACCGGGCCCGUGGGGCCCAGUUACAGAGUGGACAAACGGCUCAAGGCUUUGCUCGAUCAGGCGUCUUUUCGGGAUCAUUCUGGCUCAGGCGUUCAUGUGGUCUUUUGGUCAUGUGAUAUUAUGGUUAUGUGGUCUUGUGGUCAUGUGUUCUUGUGGUCUUGUGGUCAUGUAGUCAUGUGGUCUUGUGGUCAUGUGUUCUUGUGGUCAUGUGUUCUUGUGGUCUUGUAG